AGCCUUUCUGGGGACAGUGAGUGCAAUCUCCCUGCACACCCAUCCUUGGGCAAGGACCCAGAGACCUCUGGUGCUGAGCGCAGAGGCUGAAGUGCUACAGAAGAACUACAGAAGGACGGAGCAAAGCCAUGAUAUUUCCAUGGAAAUGUCAGAGUGCUCAGAGGGGCUUAUGGAAUGUUUUUGAGCUGUGGGUCUGGACUGUGCUCUGUUGUGAUUUCUUCGCACAUCAUGGAACCGAUUGCUGGACUUACCAUUAUUCUAAAAGACCCAUGACCUGGGAAAAGGCUAGAAUGUUCUGCAGAAAAAAUUACACGGAUUUAGUUGCCAUACAAAACAAAGGGGAGAUUGAGUACCUGAACAAGACGCUUCCCUUCAGUCCUAAAUACUACUGGAUAGGAAUCCGGAAGGUAGGAGGGGCAUGGACCUGGGUAGGGACCAACAAAUCUCUCACCGAAGAAGCGGAGAACUGGGGCCACGGGGAGCCCAACAACAAGAAGAGUAAAGAAGACUGUGUGGAGAUCUACAUCAAGAGGGCAAAAGAUGCAGGGAAAUGGAAUGACGACGCCUGCCACAAAGCAAAGACAGCCCUCUGCUACACAGCUUCUUGUCAACCCUUGUCAUGCAGCGGCCAUGGACAAUGUAUGGAAAUCAUCAAUAAUUACACCUGCAACUGUGAUUUGGGGCACUACGGGCCCCAGUGUCAGUUCGUGACUCAGUGUGAGCCUUUGGAGGCCCCAGAGCUGGGUACCAUGGCCUGUAUUCACCCUUUGGGAAACUUCAGCUUCACAUCGCAGUGUGCCUUCAACUGCUUUGAGGGAACAGACAUAGUUGGGAUUGAAGAAACCACUUGUGGACCAUUUGGAAACUGGUCAUCUCCAAAGCCAACAUGUCGAGUGAUUCAGUGUGAGCCUCUAACAGCACCUGAUUUUGGAGCCAUGGACUGUAGUCACCCCCUGGUCGACUUCGGCUUUACCUCCACGUGUACCUUCAGCUGCUCAGAAGGAGCUGAGUUAAUUGGGGCAAAGAAAACUAUUUGUGGAACAUCUGGAAAUUGGUCCAGCCCUAGUCCAAUAUGUCAAAAAGUGGACAGGAAUUUCUCAAAAAUCAAGGAGGGUGACUAUAACCCCCUCUUCAUUCCGGUGGCAGUCAUGGUUACCACAUUCUCUGGGUUGGCAUUUAUCAUUUGGCUGGCAAGGAGAUUAAAAAAAGGCAAAAAGUCUCGGAGAAGCAUGGAUGAGCCGUAUUAAACGACCUGCUGUGAAAGAAAAUUCUUGGGAAACUGAAGUGUCACUGGAUCCUUCGAAUCCCCCUCCAUGCAGUUUUGCCUGGUGGCAUCUUCUACACUGAAGAUGAAGUGUGUCUAUUUCAGUACAUCUGAAAAGUUUUCAAAACGACCAGCUGCUCCUUCUGUUUCCAUCUUGCCCCAUCACCCCUGCCCCCGCAAGUUUCAGCGUGCAGUUGUGGGUUUUAUAGCUCAGUAUUUUAUUCUUUUUUCCAUGGACAAACAAGACCAUGGGAAAAGGAUUACUGUGGAAUAUAAAUAUGCCAAUUUCACUCUCUUUCUCAACUCUGGCUUCCAGCUUCAAUUCUGAGCUGUACCUGAUGACAUAUACUUUGAAAUACAGCGAAAAUUUGAUACAUAUGCAACUACAGGCUCAGUUUUGUUACAGAUCACAUUUUACCUCCCCAGCCCUCCAGUGUACUGUGGAGACAUAUUCCUAUAGAAAGUUUAUAAAAUUGAUGUUACCCUUGCUUUCCAGCUCCAGCAGAGUAAUGGGGAUCUGCUUCAACUAGGAAAAGUCCUGUUUGCACUGCGGCCCCAGCUUCUAUAAAUGGAGACCAUCUUAUUUAACUGCCCCUAGGCUCCCACCUUCUUCAGCCAUCUCCCCUUCUCAGUUGCCUGACUUCCACACGGAGCAGCUCAUGACCACCAAGCAAAACGAGAGAUGAGAAAGAUAGCCUGCACUGUUGGGUUUUUCUUUUUGGAUUUGGGUUUUAAUGUCUCAUUUUUGUUAUUGGGGGUCCUUCCUCACCCCCAAAUCCUCUUACGUAUCCACCUAGAUUCUAUCUACUCUUUAUGAUUCAUCUCGGGCAUCCCCCACCCUUACCACUGUUUUCAUAACAAGUCCUUAACUAGUCCAACCUGUGACAAACUCCCCUUCCUGGCCUCCUACUGCGAGCUUAGUC